AAAGUUAUAUCUUACUGCAAAGAGGAAAAACGUAGCGCAUCUAAAUCAACACGGGGAAGAAAAGAAAAAUGGCGAGGCUGUCGGAAGUUGCAAAAUUAUUGCGGAAGUUAUCAUAAAUAAGCAAGUUUGUUGUGAUUUACCACACACGUUCACGACAUUGAAUGAUAGAUACUGUAAAUGCAAAAUGUAUAGAAAUGAGCACACACUAAGGAAAUUACCAGUUAUGUGAUAUUCAGCAUUCUUACGUAUGUACACGCAGUUCUGCAGAACAUGCUGAAUUUAUUGGCUUUAAUACAACAUUUCUGCAUCAAUUAGGCUACAUCCGCUGCAGUUCAUUGCAUAACACCCAACACAGCGUUAGCAAAUUAUGAUAAUCAAACACAUGUAUACCUUUAUGUGAAGGAGGGGAUCACCUGUACCGUAGGACUAUAGAGUUUACAUCGAACGCAGGCUUUUGCCUCUCUGUUACGCUAUUGAGCAUUGCCAUAGCAUGGUUUGGCAUGUAAAUGAUUACCAUCAGGACGUUUGAUAGUAACUCCAUACAGUUUAAAUAGGCCAGUCUUCUCUGGCACUCUCCCCUGACUCUAGUGACUGCCGUCAGCUGACUACUUGACUGGCAUGCCGGUAUACUCUUAACCCAAGUUGGGACAUCUUUAAAAGGAGUCUGAUACUGUAAUAUUUAUAGGCAGGUCUACAUGAAUAGCAGUACAUAUGCCAUCAACAGCAUAAAUGUGCACUGUGCUGUGCCUUGGAUCCAUCAGUCCCUCUGGCAAAAAAAAUAUUAUCUUUGGUCUGCUUUGUAUGUUGAAGUACAGUCAUAAUUCUGACAAUUACAAAUAAGGUAAAUCAUGUGAUUCAUGUCUAGUGAACGAGAAUAACUGCAGACCUUAUUGUGACUCAAACAAACCAUAAAGUAGGGCUACGGCUUUAAUCGAGGAAUUCUUUGCUUGAUGCGCUUCAGGCCUACAUAUAUUAGGCGUAUAUUUGUUUAUAUCUGUGUUUUGUCGGUUGCUGUGUAGCCUUCCUUGUAAUCGGGAGAAUAACCGUGACUAUAGCUAAUACUAUUGAGAACAACACGCAGAUUACUUGUAUUGAUUAGUUCUAAAUCAGACAGUUAUCAAUGCUGCCAGAUGCCAUCAUGAACAUGCCUUUUCUUUUGUGUGUACUGUAGGCCUAGUGUAGUGUGGGCCUGUACACUGCAGUGCAUAAUACUCUAAAUAAAGCCUAUGUUCAGUGUUCUCUAGUCGAAAUGUUUUUGAAAGGUAUACAAAUUGAGAACUAACGCAAAUGCACAUGGUAGAAAUAAAAUUAUUCGAUAAUGCGAGGAUAUUUUUCUUCGUCUCUCGGCCGUCGAACUCGACAUUGUUCUCCUUGAAUAAAUACAUCCUCCACCCCCUUUUGCUUCAAAAAACCAACGCUACAACCAAUGUUAAAAUCUUAGAAUAAAAAAGACGGUGCCAAACCUCAAUUACAUUUAUUUUGAGUACCGUAAUAUAUAUAUGUUGUAAUAUGCUUCUCAGUGAGAUCCGCAUGCGCUUCCCGACUUGCUUUUUCUUUGCAUUCCUUUCUUGUCACGCAUGCGCAGACGGCUCUUAUUGCCAUUACCUUAUUUGGAUAUGGUAAUUUUCAACUUCAAACAGCCUAUCAGUGACCGAAUGCGUUAUCACGUGACGCUCAAAGAUCGCUUGGGAGGCGGUGUCAAGUGUGGAGCUGACUUUAAAAGCAGUGGGCAAGACACAGAGCUCUCAGUGUAGGGAGAAACAGGGAAGAGAUGUAAUAGGAAACUUGGUUUCUAUGAAAUUUAGUCAUAUUUACAAGAAAAUAAUAAUAAUAACAUAAAGAAUCAUCAAAAAUCCCUCUUUAAGUUAAUAGCCUGCCCAUAGGAUUUUUAGAUUUAGUUCAGGUUAUUGAAGGGCAUUUACACUCACUAUUCUGACACUUUUGUAAAGAUGUGUGAGGCAGUUAGUUAGCAAGCUAGCUAGCUAAGGCGGCAGGAGGAGAACAAAAGAUUUUUUUUUUCAGUUUUGACCGGUUGCACUGACACCAAGUCCAUGCAGAACGUGUCAUCACCAACACAAUGCCCGUGUUACUUUUUCUGAUAGACACGUCCGCGUCAAUGAACCAGCGCACCCAUCUGGGCACUACCUAUCUGGACAUUGCAAAAGGCGCUGUUGAGACUUUCAUGAAGCUUAGAGGCAGAGAUCCGGCGAGCCGAGGGGACCGGUAUAUGUUGAUAAAUUUUGAGGACGUUCCCCUCGGAAUCAAGGCUGGAUGGAAAGAGAGCCAUGCCACAUUCAUGACAGAGCUGAGGAACCUUCAAGCAGCAGGACUCACAACUAUUGGCCAGUCUUUGAGGACCGCUUUUGAUUUGCUCAAUCUCAAUAGAUUAGUGUCUGGGAUAGACAACUAUGGACAGGGCAGGAAUCCCUUUUUCCUGGAGCCGUCCAUCAUAGUGGCCAUCACCGACGGCAACAAGCUGACCAGCAGUGGCGGAGUCCAGGAUGAGCUCCACCUUCCCCUGACCACUCCUCUGCCGGGCAGUGAGCUGACCAAGGAGCCGUUCCGUUGGGACCAGCGUUUGUUCUCCCUGGUGCUGAGGAUCCCUGGACACGCCACUGUAGAGCCUGAACCACUGGGAGGGGUCCCCCCCGACGACUCGGCCAUCACCCCCAUGUGCGAGGUCACCGGAGGUCGCUCCUACAGUGUGUUCUCCCAGCGCAUGUUGAAUCAGUGUCUGGAGUCUCUACUGCAGAAGAUCCAGAGUGGAGUGGUCAUCAACUUUGAGAAGACGGGCCCGGACCCCCCUCCUGGAGAGGAUGAGACCCUGAAGCCCGGCCCCCAGUCGUGGCACUGCUGCCACAAGCUGAUCUACGUACGACCCAACCCCAAGACUGGUGUGCCCAUCGGACACUGGCCCAUUCCUGAAGGCUUCUGGCCCGACACGAACUCCCCCACCCUGCCCCCUCGCUCGGCCCACCCCCACGUGCGUUUCUCCUGUCUGGACUCAGAGCCCAUGGUGAUUGACAAGGUUCCCUUUGACAAGUACGAGCUGGAGGCUUCACCUCUCACACAGUACAUCCUGGAGAGGAAGUCCCCUCAUACCUGCUGGCAGGUGUUUGUAAGUAACAGUGCCAAGUACAGUGACCUGGGCCAGCCCUUUGGCUACCUGAAGGCCAGCACGGCUCUCAACUGUGUCAACCUCUUCGUCAUGCCCUACAACUACCCUGUUGUACUGCCUCUACUGGAUGACUUGAUCCGGGUGCACAAGUUCAAGCCCACCAUUAAAUGGCGUCAGUCAUUUGAGAACUACCUGAAGACCAUGCCUCUUUAUUACAUUGGGUCCCUCCGGAAGGCGCUAAGGAUCAUGGGAGCUCCUAACCUCCUGGCCGACAACAUGGAGUAUGGUCUGAGUUACAGUGUGGUGUCCUACCUCAAGAAGCUCAGCCAGCAGACCAAGAUAGAGUACGAGCGGCUGAUAGCAUCUGUAGCUAAGAAGGUGGUAGCGGAGGGUGGCAUCAAGGUGCGGGACCGCGGUGGGGACAUCUCUCUGGCCCAGCGCAGAGACUUCACUCAGCUUCUGGCCAGCAUCACGGGAGAGACGGCCGCCCUGCCCCUGGAGCUAAACUCUAAAGAGUUCUCUGGCUUUCAGCUGGCUCCUCUCAACAAGAGUCUGAAACCUCAGGGUUUCCGGAACGCCUACGACAUUCCCAGAAUGCACCUCCUGGAUCAGCUGAGCCGCAUGAGGAGGAACCUGCUCAGCACCACCUGUCUGCUCCGGGGACAGGACACAGACCAGCUGCACAGUGUGCCCAUCGCCCAGAUGGGGAACUACCAGGACUUCCUCAAAGCCCUUCCCCAACCCCUCAGAGACGCGGACCCUGAACAGCCCAAACGCCUGCACACCUUCGGAAAUCCUUUCAAACUGGACAAGAAGGGGAUGAUGAUUGACGAGGCCGAUGAGUUUGUGACGGGUCCCCAGAACAAGGGAAAGCGUCCGGGGAGUGACUCCAACAUGCACGGGGUCGGGGGUGGGGGUCCUAAGAGACGACGGUGCAUGUCCCCUCUACUGCGCCCCGGCAGAGCCUAUUCGCCCCCCGUCAGCCCUGCAGCCAGCCCCUUCAGACCCCCCCUCGCCGAGUGCGACCAGAGUGAGUCAGACUCGGAGGCCGUGUUCGGAAACCUCUACAACCCAGAGACGUGUGAGACCGGGACAACGGUCCAACCAGGAGAGAUCCUCUCUGGACCCCUUCUAGACGGCCCCGACACAGGGAACCGCAUGGAGGCUGAUGGGGACACUGAGGAGGAGAACGGGCUUCCCAGGGAGGUGGAGCUCUCAGAGGGCAGUGAGGAUGGAGGAGAGACUGGGGGUGUGGUGGAGGAGCAGUGCCCGGCCCGGUACCCCUCCCCCGCUGAGCUGAAGAAGGUGAUGAACAGCGAGAGUCUGGAGGUCAACACCGAACUACGAGCCCUCAUCACCAAGGAGAUACGGAAACCCGGGAGACACUAUGAAAAAAUCUUCUACUUCCUGAAGCAGAUCCAAGGAAGCUUUGACACACGGUUGAUAUUUCUCCAGAACAUUAUAAAAGAAGCUGCAAGGUUCAAGAAGCGGGUGCUGAUAGAACAGCUGGAGAACUUUCUAGAAGAGAUCCAUAACAGAGCCAACAAUAUGAACCACCUGGACGGGUUCUAAUGGACAACUCUUCACUCCCCGGACCCUCAGACCUAACCCCUCCUCCCCACCCUCAGCUCUCAACCUGCAACCCUUACCCAGGCUGAAAUAUUCCUAUAGAGAAGGGGCAUAUACAGUGUAUGAACUAACCCAAGCAAUGAAAUGAGUGCUGUUGGCCUGUCUGUCUCUGUCCGUGUAUACUGUGUGACGCGUGUCUCAUCAGUGAUGGUAUGGGGAACUGAUAUUGCUAAGGGAGGGGUUUCAAAUUCGGUUGUAAAAAGUUUCCAACAACCUCAGGGCCAAAAGAGGAACACUGAUGUUUUAGGUUUCAAAUGAAUCUUUAGGUGGCUUCAUGUUUUUUUUUUUUUUUCUCUUUCUAGUCAUCUCCCUCUCUCUCUCUAGUCAUCUCCCUCUCUCUCUCUAGUCAUCUCCCUCUCUCUCUCUAGUCAUCUCCCUCUCCCUCUCUCUCUCUCUCUCUCUCUCUAGUCAUCUCCCUCUCUCUCUCUCUAGUCAUCUCCCUCUCUCUCUCUCUAGUCAUCUCCCUCUCUCUCUCUAGUCAUCCCCUCUCUCUCUAGUCAUCCCUCUCUCUUUCUAGUCAUCUCCCUCUCUCUUUCUAGUCAUCUCCCUCUCUCUUUCUAGUCAUCUCCCUCUCUCUUUCUAGUCAUCUCCCUCUCUCUUUCUAGUCAUCUCCCUCUCUCUCUCUAGUCAU